UCGUUCUCAAAACGAAGUGUGGUCAGACUCAUCGCGUCCCGUUCAUCGGAACCACGGGCGACGCCCCGCCCGACCUACCUCCCCAGGACCCUCGUCCCUCAGGGUCCCACCCCGACAUCGCGUUCACUUCCCCUCGUCAGUUUGCUCACUUCAUACGACAGGAGGACGUUACGUUCUACUCAGUGAACGUCAUGGAUCUUUUUCGCUAUGAUCCACUCUGUCCUGAGAUUGAGCUCAUCUCUCUGGAGCUCGAUCCCCCUGACCCUUCCUCCAUCUUUGCGGCUCCCAUCUCUACGUCCAUCCGUCAGCCUGCGGAUACCCCCUCCACGUCCCAGGCCCCUGAGUCGUCGACUGUCGAGCCCACACAUACGUCUCGUGCCAACGCAGAUGCUGAGGAACUCACACGGUUCACGGCAGACUUAGAGCCCGCCGUUCGCGACCUGAUUCGAGAGUACCGCGACGUCUUCCCCCCAUAUUUCUCAUACAGCGGGAUUCCCCCGAUGCGCGGUGUUGAGCAUUUUAUCCAGCUCGCGCCUGACUAUCGUGUUCACCAUCAGGCACCGUACCGACUCUCGAUUCCAGAGGCGACGGAAAUCAAGCGUCAGCUUGAGGAGCUCUUUCGACUUGGUUUCAUUAAACCCAGUAACUCCCCUUGGGGUGCACCUGUCCUCUUUGCUCGCAAAGCGGACGGAACUCUCCGCCUCUGCAUCGACUACCGCGGCCUUAACCGUUACACGGUUAAGAAUAGUUAUCCCAUGCCCCGCGCGGAUGAGCUGUUUGACCGUCUGGCAGGCAACCGCUUCUUCACGAAGAUCGAUCUUCGUAGCGGUUACCACCAGAUCCGCGUUGCCACCGAGGAUCAGCCGAAGACCGCCUUCCGAUCGCGCUUCGGCCACUACGAGUUCACGGUGAUGUCAUUCGGCCUCACCAAUGCACCAGCCACCUUCCAGACGGCGAUGAACGACAUCUUCAGAGACAUCCUUGAAGAAUACGUUCUCGUAUACCUGGACGACAUCCUGGUCUACAGUCGUACCUUAGAAGACCAUCUCAGACACCUCCGCGAUGUCCUACAACGCUUAUGCAAGCAUGGCUUCUAUGCCAAGCUCAGUAACUGCCACUUUGCCCAGCGCAAAGUGGACUUCCUAGGACACCAUGUGUCUGACCAGGGUCUCCACAUGGAUGACGCAAAGAUCACUGCUAUUGCAAAGUGGCCCAUCCCCACAUCUGUCAAAGAGCUUCGCAGUUUCCUAGGCCUCACCAGCUAUUAUAGUAAUUUUAUCCAGGGAUACGCUAGUUUCACCACUCAGCCCAUCAAGGGUGAAACGAACUGCGUCGCCGAUGCCUUGUCCCGCCAACCUGAUCACAAUCAGGAGCCCAUCCAUCUUGCUGCCAUCUCGAUCACCACUGUUGAUCAGUCGGUGAUCGAUGCGUAUCGCAUUCAGUACCGCCAUUGCCCCGAUUAUGGCGUAAUCCACGCGACACUACGGAGUGGCAAGAUCGUUAUUUCCUACUCCCUCGGGGAGAACGGCCUUGUGUACUGGCAUGGCAGAUCUAGUCAGCUAGAACCACGUAUCUGCGUUUCCUCCACCGGACAGCUCCGCGUCCAGGCUGUAGCAGAGUUCCAUGACCAGGCAGCUGCCGGUCAUAUGGGUUUCUACAAGACGUUGGCUCGUGUUUGCCGCCUAUACGUCUGGCCGAAGUCCAAGGACUUUGUCAAAGCUUACAUCCAGGAGUGUCCUACCUGCCAGGAGGUGAACAAUGCGAACCACCUUCCGUAUGGGUUACUUCAGCCCCUACCCAUACCUGAGGGUCGUUGGCAGUCCAUCUCGAUGGAUUUUAUUGGUCCCCUCCGCCCACCCACUGAGCGCGGUCAUGAUGCUAUCUUGGUCGUCGUCGAUCGCUUCAUGAAGCGUGCACGUUUUGUCCCGUGCCGCUAUCGCAUUAGCGCUCGUGAGGUCGCCGACAUCGUCUUCGACCGAGUCGUAAGAGAUUACGGCUUACCUCACAGCAUCAUCUCCGGCCGUGACCCGCGCUUUACCAACACAUUCUAGCGACGCCUACACGAGGUGUACGGAUCUCAACUCCGCUUCUCAUCGUCUUACCACCCCUAGACGGAUGGUCAGACUGAGAUCACUAAUAAAACUCUCGGUAAUAU